CCCCUUGUAAAAUAGAGUCAACCGACCCUCAUUCUUUCAGUCCUCACCUCUUCCUCUCAAACUGUACAUUCACAUCACCUCAUUUCUCUCUCUCUCUCCUAUCAAUAGCUACAAUUACCAACGCGCACAACGAAGAUACAGCUCUACACAAAAUCCGCAAUAGAUACACACAUGGAUUCCAUGUGUAUGAAUUAAAUGUGGAAAAUGUAGUGUAUGUGCAAAUUGAGAUGCUGAAUUAGAGGAAUUAGGGUUUCAAUUUGGUAAAAAUGCCGUUGAAUAGGUAUCAGAUAAGGAACGAGUACAGCUUGGCUGAUCCAGAGCUGUAUAAAGCUGCUGAUAAAGAUGAUCCAGAAGCUCUGCUUGAAGGCGUUGCUAUGGCUGGCCUUGUCGGUGUUUUACGCCAGCUCGGUGACCUCGCCGAGUUUGCUGCUGAGAUAUUCCAUGACUUACAUGAAGAAGUGAUGGCAACUGCUGCAAGGGGCCACAGUUUGACAGUCAGGGUCCAGCAGCUUGAAGCAGAAUUUCCUUUGAUUGAGAGGGCAUUCCUCUCACAGACCAAUCACUCUUCCUUCUUCUAUAAUGCUGGUACUGAUUGGCAUCCUAAUCUGCGAAUUUACCAAAAUAUGGUUACAAGUGGAGAUUUGCCUCGAUUUGUGAUGGACUCGUAUGAAGAAUGCAGAGGUCCACCUCGCUUAUUCCUUCUAGACAAGUUUGAUGUUGCUGGAGCUGGAGCAUGUCUGAAACGUUAUACUGACCCUUCAUCUUUUAAAGUGGAGACAUCCUCAUAUACAUUCACAACUUCAGAUGUUCAGAGGGAAAAGAAAACUCGCAAGUCAAAGAAGAGAGGUUCUCGCUGGAGGAAUGGGGAGACACCUGAGGUGUUGCCUACAUCACAUGCCAAACUUCAUCAGCUUUUCUUGGAGGAACGCAUUGAAAAUGGUAUAAAUGUUCCUGCACAUCGUGUGAAGCUGAAAAGAAAGCUGAAUGGAUUUCCAUUUGACCCAAAAACUGGAAAGAGCUACAUGAACAAGUUCUUGGAGGCUACUUCGCCAGAGCAUAGAGUAGUCCAUGAAAUUGGUAUCGAUUCAUCACCUUUGAGAUUGACAUCAACUGAUGCUUAUGAAACUUCGAUGGACACUGAAGAUAUUAGACCACCGAGUCCUGAUAAAGAGGUGAUGCGGAGGAACAAGAGUGCAUCUUCAUCUCAUUCUCCACCACAAAGUGAAGAGAGCAAUGCUCUAAAAACAUGCUUAGAUGAAGUCGUUGAGGAUCUCUACCACGAUCAAAUUCGAGAAAUUUCCAGACCAAACCAGACUUUGCAAUCAACUGAUUUAUUGCCAUCUACAUAUAGCAUGGUUGAUGAAAAGGAAAUAGGAAUGGAUGGAGAAAGCCGAACAGAAGGAAGUGUUGGUUGUGAGUCUGAUGAUGUUGCAAGUGAAAUAGAUAAUUAUGUAGAUGCCCUAACCACAAUGGAGUCAGAAUUAGAAACAGACUCCGAGCAGAGAGCCAGAAGGGAUUUGCACUUUUUGAACAGCAAAAAUGAAGUGUUACGUCUGUCUUCUAGCAGUGAGAAGCGUCAAACUCAAUCUUCAGGUUCUCACUCAAUGGGGAACUCUACAUUAUCUGAUGAUGGGAAUAGUUAUUCUAAGAAGGAAAUAUCUAGUUUUUCUUGUUCUGAUUCCCCUAGCACUUCUGUUGAAAGUGUCCUUUUGGAGAGCGAAAUUUCUAGUAAGGAAGCAAAGACAUCUGACAUUUCAUAUGAUCGGCAAUCUGUUAAUGAGACUACUCAAUUGCCCCAGCCUCCAGAACAUGGUGAUUAUGAUAAAAGAUGCAUUAUGGUAGCUAGGGAACACAGUGGCAGUUGCGACUCUGUUGCAGGGAUGAGAGCUGAAACAAAUGAAGAGUUUGUCACCCAUGGCAAGAGUGAAAACCCUUUAGCUAGCAUUGCAGAAGAUGCAGCAGAUUUGCAUGUCAGUCCACCCUGUGCUCCUAUUAUCUUUAAUGCGCCAGAACGAAAUGGAGAUGAUUCACCAUCUAGAGCAUCCAUUGAAGACAAGCUAGCAGAUGAUUCGAUUGAUGGAAAUUUGAGUGUAGGUGAGAAUGUGUCUUGUGCAUCAAAUCCUUCUGAUGUUCCUCGCCGCGCCAGCGGUAUCUUGCCGUGGUCAAAAUCUCCUAAAGUCCAGCGCAAAAGCAAGUUAGAUAAUGAUGCAGAUUUGCAUGUCAGUCCACCCUGUGCUCCUGUUAUCUUCAAGGCACCAGAACAGAACGGAGAUGAUUCUCCAUCUAGAGUAUCCAUUGAAGACAAGCUAGCAGAUGAUUCGGUUGAUGGAAAUUUGUGUGUAGGUGAGAAUGUGUCUCGUGCAUCAAAUCCUUCUGAUGCUCCUCGCCGCGCCACUGGUAACUUGCCAUGGUCAAAAUCUCCUAAAAUCCAGCAUGAAAGCAAGUUAGAUAAUGAUGAUAUGAAUCUGGUUAGUAAUCUUCCCUUUACUUCUGAGCUCCUAAAUGUUCCUUCUCAAGACAGGCAUAAAUUGUUGUCUUCUGAUAAUCAGCAGUUGCACAAUUUGGACUGUGAGGAUCCAUUGUUGGGUGAAGAUUUAAGCUGCUUAUAUAAUCUCUCUGAUGGUCCAUCAAAAGAAGGUGACACCUCACCUUCAUCGUUGGCUGUAAACCAUCCAAAUCAUCUGAAUGGUUUAGGCAAUGAGAAUUCAAAUGGUAUUUCUGAGGGUUCAGCUCAAAUGCUGGAUAUAUCGGGUGCUCCUCACAAAGCAUGUGGCAAACACUCAUGGUUUACCAUGUCUCAUGAUAAAACUGCUGAAGAUACAUACAUGAAAAAGCCACAUAACCUGACCACCACAGAGAUUGAAGCUGGUGAUGCAGAUGGAGAGCAUGAAGAGACGUGUGGGGCAUUUAGUGAUGCAGUUACAUCUGAGCCGGGAGACAUCAGUAAGAACUGUGGAGUAGAUGACCUCAAUUUGGUUGAUGUGCUGAACCCUCAGAUUCCAGAAAUUGCAAAUGAUAUUCAGCCCCUUGAAUCUGGAAAAGUGGAGAUUUCAUGUUCUAAGCAGGAAAAUUAUGAUGAAGUAUCAAGUAUGACGAAAUUUGAGCAAAAAGAUAGUAUUGUCCCCAGUGAGCUUUUGUAUGCAAGUGCAUCUACUGGUUCAAUUACCUCUCAACAUCUCGAAUCAUUGACCAAAGAAGCAAUACUCUCAGAUGAGACAGAACAUAAGAUAGAUAAAUCUGAUGUCACAGAUGAGACUGCUUCUCUUGCUGGCUUGGCUUAUAAAGAAGAUGUUGAUGAUCUACACUCAUCUUUAGAUCAGAAAAGGUUUUCAGAAGAAUCUGUUUGCUUAAUUGGACAUUCCAGCCAGAAUGAAUUGGAAACUGAUCUACCUGCUGGCCAUGUAGAAUCAAAGUUCGAGAUACAGAUAGCUGAUUCCCCAGAUUCUAAUUCCUUCGUGCAUGAUGCAUCCAACUAUCAUCAUCCCGAGUCAGAGGUUCUUGACACUCUUUCUGACAACAAACUUUCUUUUGAUGCUGAAAACAUGUUGGAAUCAAACACUGCUUCCAGUCAGUCACCAUUAAGCUUGGAUACUGAACAAGUAUCCUCCCAAAGGAAGAAUGUUGUUGAUUCCACUGAAGAUGCUUCAUCAUUGCAAACUAUUUCUCUUGAAGAAGGAAAGGAUGAAUUAAAAGAUGAUCAACUCAAUGAGGAAUUGCUGGACAAUGAUGAAUCACCUCUCAUGGAGCAAAUGCAGCCUUCAAGUCAUGUUGACCGAGCAUUGGAUGCUUCUUCCCUAUCUUUGCUGCCAAAUCUUCCAAGUCAAGAUGCAGUGCCAGAUGUUAUAGCCCACAGCAGCAAUCAAGAUCCUCAACCCUUGCUAACUGAUAACUGUGCAGAAGAGAGGGAUGAGUCAGCAAUCCACGAGCAUGAUAAAAUGGAGGUGCUGGAUAAUGGUGAGUCGAAGUCAGAGCCAUUAGCUCUGUUAGCCCAGCCACAACAGGUGGAUUCAUUUGACCUUGAACAAUCUGCUGAAGCUUCUUCAAUUGCUUCACCAACAUUUAGUCCCAGUCAACCUUCAUUUCCAGAGCUUUUAUCACAGAGCAAUCAAGACAGUUUGACAUCUUUGCCAACCCACCACUCUGACAAAAAAGAGGACGAGAUACCAUGUAAAGAACCAGAUGAAGAGAAAUUGAUAGAUGAAGGUGUUGCUAAAGAGGAGCUGUUACCUCAGUUUGAAGAGGCACACCUCUCCAAUCAUGCUGAUAUAGUUGAAGCCAUCAAUGCUUCUUCUAUACCACUUAUGGCAAAUGUUCCUUGUCAAACUUCAGUUUCGAAUCCCUUACCUCUUAGCAGCCAUAAUGUUAAUCCUUUUGAACACGGGAAUACAAUGAUUUCUACCUCUCCUGGCUUUCUCCUGCUUCCUGGUGAACCCCAGAUCGAUCUGGCGGAAAUGCCCCCAUUGCCUCCUCUUCCUCCAAUUCAAUGGAGGAUGGGCAAAUUACAUUCUUCCCCUGAUUUGGAUAAGGAGCUAACACAGCAUAAUAUAGGCGCCAAUUCAUCAAGUCUGCCAGCUAGGACUGAUCAGAAUGCUCAACCUGUGAAUCGAAACAUGGCACUGUCAGCUGUAGCUACAGAGAGUACAGCUCUUAGUUGUGGAAACAGUGGAGUUAGGUUUAUUGAUCCAGGUGAUAAACACUCUGCAAACCCUCACUUCCCAUUGCCAGGUCAAUAUCAUGAGGUGCAGCAGUCUACUUUGCAUGCCAUGAGAGGAGGGGAAACACAGCCUGUUAAUUCUAUCUCAGAUGUAACUUCUCUUGAUAAACCUUCUACUGAUGCUUUGGGUUCAAGUGAAGAACUUAUCCAACCACUGAGUCGAGUUGCUCCAGAAUUUCUUGCAGACGAACAAGGCUCUGAUCAUUUGGAACAACACAUGCCAGUAACUGAUGGAAUAAAACCAAAAGCAGCUCCUAUAAAUACAGGGCUUACAGACACUUCUGAGUCAUUAUGCCAUGAACCAUCUCAGCCCCAGUUCCAGUCCCAGUCCCAGCAUCAUCCCCUCCAUCAGUUAGCACCGGAGACUAGCUUAAACAGAUCCAAUUUUGAAGAGACCCCCACAAGAUUGGAGAAAAAUGUGGCGGCUCACGGCACAAUUAUUCCAUCAUUUACAGAAAAUGCAAAGCCUGAUCACAGUAUUCCAACUACAGAGGCGGAAAUUAUUUGGCCAGCUGUGGAGGAAGGAAACGCUAAUGGGAUCCGCAUGGUGAAACUACAAAGACCACGGACUCCACUAAUUGACGAUCUUGCUGUGCAUGACAAAAGCAAAUUGAGAAAGGUAACAGAGCGGGUUAGGCCUGAAAUACAGAAGGAUGAUGAAAGAGAUUCUCUCUUGGAACAAAUAAGGAAAAAGUCAUUCAAUUUGAAACCUACAGUUGCAACAAGACCUAGUAUUCAGGGUCCUCAAACUAAUCUGAGAGUUGCUGCCAUUUUGGAGAAAGCAAAAACAAUUCGCCAGGCCUUUGCUGGAAGUGAUGAAGAAGAUGAUGAGUAUUCUUGGAGUGAUUCAUGAAAUUAUCUAGCACUAUGACAAAUUCUUAGUGCCAUGGAUUCCAAAAAAUCUGUUACCACAUUCUUGGUGAUCAAGCUGACAGUGAAACAGAUUUAAGUGUCUCUCUCUUCUCAGAAUAUUCCAUGGUUCUCUCACCCAUUGUAAAAUACGCUCUCCCACUCCUUUCUCCCUCUCUAUAUAGCAUGUAGCCAAUUGUUAGUGUUGUAUUCAUUCCAUAGUAUGAAAAGUAUAUUCAAUCAUGAGAUCGCGUGUAAGCGCGCUGUUAUUCAUUUUUCAUGUUAAGGCAGUUAUGUAUUGCAUCUCUUGUUUACAAAGUUAGUGUAAAGGGCCUGGUCAAUUUUUGUAUCUACCAUAUAGUAGUAGUGGCUUUGCUUUGUCUGGAUUGAGAGAGUAUUUACAUUGUAACUGUUGAAAUUUAGCGUAUACGUCAGUCAAACAAUUCUGCUGUGUAUAAAGUACUGAUAUUUUGCACAGGUUCUUGGA